UCGAUUAAUUAUUUGUGAUGCUGCUGCAAAAGAAUGGAAGAAUAUUAAAAAAAUGAAAGAACCCGAAAUUGAUGAUAUUAUAAAAAGGUACUUAGCAACGCCUCUUAAAAUGCAAGAAUAUUUCCAGACCACAGCUUCAUCUCGACCAAAGCCCUUUGAAAUUUCUAUAGUUAAUUCGUCUCAAGAUAAUACUUUGCGGAUCUCACAAACAUUUGAUGUAGAGGAAAUUCGUAGUAAUGUGUCAGCUCAAAAAAAGGCAGCUAGUUCUAAAAUAGAUGUAGAAAAAAAAAUUAAAGAACUGGAAGCUGUAUAUAACUUUACUACUGAUUUGCAGCUCCGUCACGAUUUACAUGCUAGGAUCAUAAACCUCAAAUCUGAACUUAAGGAAUAUGAACAAAAACUACAUAAUCUAAAAAGAAAUGCCGAAUACCAAGCUAAAUGCCGAUCCAAAAAAAUUAAGGCAUUAGAAGAAGAACAAGUGGUAAUUCGAUAUGAUGCACCUGGAAAACCGUCAAUUUUGCUUCAGAAUCCAGAAUUACUCGAUCAUAUCCAUAAUUCAGUAGAGUAUGGAUCAGCUGAUGCACGUAGACGCAAAGAAGGUAUUAAAGUAAGGAUCAUAAAACACUUACGAGAUAACCUUGAAAAUAAUUAUAGAAUAUAUAUGGCCAGAACAACUUUAAAUAAUUACCUUUUGCCCCGCCAAUCAAACUCAAUUGCUGCUAAAGCUCACCAUCAUCCGGCCUGGAUAGCUGUGGCUGGUGUUUCCCGUAAUGAAACAAAAGAACAUAUUGAUGGACACUAUUGUCUUGCCUCAGUUAAAGGAGUAAGACAAUUUGCACAUGCCUUUCCAAAUGUUUCUGUAAUCAUCUCUCAGGAUGAUAAAGCAAAAAUAGGUCUAGGAAUACCAGCAGUUGGUAGAACAUUUCGCACUUUACAGUCUGUAUCUGAACCGGUUCAACUACCCGACCAUGACUUUGCAUGUGGAAGUAGCCAAAAACUUAUUCCAUCUGUUUAUCUUAUAAUUAAACCAAAUGAAGAAAGUGAUGACCUUCAAACAGGACAAGUAGUAAUUUUUGUUAGACCCCAGUGGUCAAUUGGCACAUCAUCUGUUACUCACAUGAAAGAUCUUAUUUCUCUUGCAUCAAAUAAUCAAUAUUCAGAUGCCCUAAAAACAAAUAAUAAGAUAAAGCCGAUUUGGUUUUUGUUAGUUGAUGGGGGUCCUGACGAGAACCCUAGGCAUUUUAAAAACAUUGAGUCGUAUUGUAAGUUGUUUAAACAAUUUGAUCUAGAUUAUUUGACUAUACGAACUCAUGCCCCAGGACAAUCAAAAUAUAAUCCAGUUGAGAGAGGUAUGGCGACACUUUCAGGAAAGUUAGCUGGGAUCAUCUUGCCGAUAGAUCAUUUUGGAAAGCAUCUUAAUAGCCAGGGCAAUGUUAUUGAUACUAACCUAGCAGCUCAAAAUUUCAAUUAUGCUAGAACAAUGUUGUGUGAUAUAUGGCAUCGUGAUCCUAUUUUUGGAAAGCAUGUAAAUGCAACAUAUAUUGAUAAAGCCACUGAUCCGUUUAAUGACAUAUCUUGUAUUUCCAUUCCAUGGAAUUGGAUUGAAAAGCAUUGUAAUUUAUGUCAGUAUUCGCUUGAUAUUAAACGCUGUAUGGAUUUAGAUUGCUGCGGACCUCCCAGAGCACCAGAAUUUACAGAAUUUCUUCAAAUUUCUAACGGUUUUUUUCCACCUGUUACCAAAGCCAAAGAUGGUCAUUAUAUAAACCCUGUCCAUCUUCUUCAGUAUUCUAAACAGCUUAAAGUUCCUAAAUAUGAUGAACAUUGCCCAUCUAUUAAAACAAUGUAUUCUCGGCUUUGUUGUCCAGUUUGUUACAAAUAUUUUCCAACCUUGGCUUAUAUUACAAAGCACAAACAUGAAAUGCAUCCAUCUGCCCGGGGAAGACCUAAAAAAAACCAGCCAGGAAGCACAGAAUCUGUAGUAGAAGCUAUAGUAAUUACUAAUGCUAUAACUUUAGAAGAUUUUAGUAUACUCCCUUCACAAAAAAACAAAGAUUAUGAUUUUUCGAUUAACAAUUCCAGAGAAUGCUUUUCUGAUAUAGAAGUUUAA